GCGCUCGUGUCCAAUACAAACAACUCGAGCGGAGGGCGCAGAAUGAAAACGGAGCGAGUCCGUGUUAGUAAAUACAAGCACAGUGAAGACGGAAUAAAAGAGCGCUGACAAAAAAAGCGGAAUAAAACAGUACUGACAGGCACAUUCAAGCACUGGCGGGCAGUUUUGCUGACUCCGCCGAUGGAUGAUGAGGAGGACGAACAGCUUCCUCACUGCUGUGAAACACCGCUAAGAAACAAGAGCUCAGAGAACAGAGACGCCCACCGUGGAGCGGUUAACAGACACAGACGCUUUGAAGACAGAUCCACGCAGACACUGAGCUCUGUCCUGAAUUCAGUGAGAAACGGAGAUAUGGCACCGUUCCAGGGUUCAGGGAGAGACACAUCAUCUCCCUGCGGAUCUGUGGAUGCCAGGACUGCAUUCAGGGCUCACUGUGGACCCAGGGGCCUUGCUUCACUUACUAUGGCCUCUGGGGCUCCAGGGCCAAGAGCACUUUUUUAUGGAAAUGCUGGAUUUCGUGCACACUUCCCCGCGCUGUUCGAACCUGUCCCGGAUGGCGUACAAAACAUCGAAGAAAGGGAGGCUGACGAAGGGAGAGCAGAAGAAAAAGACGACGAACGUGACAUGGGAAUUAGCGUGGAGGUUCAGAUUGGACGUAAAUUGCGUGAAAUGGGGGAUCAGUUUCAGCAGGAACAUCUUCAGCUGUUCACUCACAGGGGCCGGUUGGGUUUGUUCCAGUUAGUGACGUCGAUCUACAACUUCCUUUUUCCUCAAGAAGGACCCCAAAAUGCAAGAGCCCAGAGAUGAGAGGCCACAGCUCACCUUUUCAGGACCCAAAUAAGUUUUACACAGCACCGUAAGAUGUGCGCAGAUCUGGAUUUAUGUGGCUCAAAAACUGUUGUGGAAAGAAGGUUGCCGCUGGUCAGACUUCCGUCCUUUUUCCGAAGAAGCCAUUCUCAAAAUGGAGCAUUGGAGUAAAUUUUCUGCAGGUUGCAUAUCAAUAUAAAGAUAUUAAUAUUCUGCCUUAUGUUUUCCCAACAUACGUUCACAUACGAGCGGAUCUCGGUGCAGUGGAUGCCUUAAUAAAACCCUCAGAAGAAGGAAGAACUGAAGAGCUGUGAGAAUACUCAAGGUCAACACUUAUGUGUGCGUUUGAGUAUUUGUGCUGACUUUAUUAAUACACCUUCUGAACUGUGACGCAUCCCAGAACAGAAUCUUGAUCUUUCCCUGCUGGUGUACCACGGAUUGUGCUUGAUUCACUGCUGUUAUCAGUGUUAUUGGGACAGAGUUUAAGGACAGAACAGAUGUGAUGAUACAUAAUUCCAGAGGCCAGUAACACGCUUCAGAAAGAACUGAAAAAGUUUUGUUUAAAUGCAGAAAAACAACUUGAACAUCAGGUUUUACUACCUGUAUAUCAAUAAUGAGCCAUUUUUGAGAAAAACAAAGGAGACAGAUAUGAAUUUUGUGAUUUUAAAAUGCUGAAGAGGAUCAUGUUUUCUCAUUAAGAGAGAAUGUACCACAAAAAUUACGAUUUUAUCUUUCUGAAAUAUUAGUUUGCCUUAAUGAAUUAAUUCUGCUGUUCUGCUGUCAUGUAUCACAGACAUUACAAUAUGACAUGAUUUCUCUCAGGCACUGAAGUAUUACUUUAGAUAUCAGUGUUUAAAGCAUCUCUUUAGUAAUUGGUGAUUAUCAAAAUGUGCUCAAAGAGCAAUACACCAAAUCAUCUGUUACAGUUCAACUCAAGCGAUAAAUGCAAUCAAUAAUAUUUAACAAAUAUAGCUACAAGUUACCUAAUGAGAACUUAUCAAAGUUCUAGGAAGAGUUGUGUUGAUAUGUAUAUGUCAAUCAAUAGUUAUUAUAAAGAGUUUUAUUACUGUAAAUGUCUUAAGAGGGAAAAUGUCCUUUGGAUAGCAAAUAUAUGCUUUAAUUAGAGGGAUAGUUCGCCCUAAAACUAAAAUUAUGUCAUCACUUACUCACCCUCGUGUCAUUCCGAACAUUCCUGUGUAAUUUCCUUUCUUAAUUGCUAAAAUGUUACAGAUUUUCGCCAGAGCAGCGCCAUUUUAAUUUUGGCGCGAACAAGGCUGUGAGGGAUUUAAGUAACGACGAAAAAUCUUUCCACAAAAAUUUCAAUAGAUAAAAAUUCCAUAAAACAGUUUUGAAAAUUGGUACAUACCAAGACUGUCCAACCUCAUUUUCAUCCGCGUAAAAUUCUAUGGGUUUGUAUAUGAUGACAGAUUUUGUAUUUUUCGUGAACUGUCCCUUUAAGGAUGAGGACAAUAAUGAACUCAGAUGUGAGUGUGUUCAAUUUGAAGCGAUGUUACGCAGCGCCGCUUCAAGUCGAACAAACCUGUAGAUUUACUGAAGCGUCCAAUGAGACGGCCAGAUGGCAUCACGUGACUGGCUUAUGAUCUGGCGCAGAUAUGAAUAUUUAAGAGUUUGUAUAUGAUGUGCGAUAAAGCGGGGGAAUUUAUUUUCCAUAUAUAUAUUUGUAAGACCAUAUUGUAAAGUCAAAUUAAUAUAAAUAUGAGAUUAAUAAUUUAAGUUAUAAAAAUAGAUAUCGUUCCAUUGCUGGUUUCUUAAAUGCUUUCUUUUGUGGUACAAUCUACUGAGGUGCCUGUACUUUGCGGUUUACAAUUUUACAUGGUUUGCUUGUGCAUUAUCGAUAGAUUUUAUAACGUAAUGUCGUCAGUACAGUGUUAGAGACCAUGAAGACGGUGUGAAUAUAACACAGACUGUCAGAGUCCACAAAUCCACAUGAUUCCUCUGCAAUUAUUCCAUUUUAUUUCCUCACCACAUUCCACGGAGGUGAUGUUCCAGUGCUGUGCUGUAUUCUUGUCCUGUUGUUCUUCUGACAGGUGUGCCUCAAAUGCUUGUGUAUUGGUAACGAUGACACUUGCAGACAAUCAAACAGCUGAAGGUGCCUUAGAACAGCAGGCCAACGAUGAGGACUUAAUCACACUGGGCUUCAGUCACGAGCACCCUAACAAACACGUGAACACGCAUUGCAGUUUGGAUGAAUAAAUACCUCCGCACAAACCACAGGGAGCUCAGACAGACUAUCAAAGAGAACAGGCUGCUACUGCUGCCUCAUUUAUCUGAAAUGCCCUUUCAAAUGCACUUGUCUCAGAAAAAAGUCGUUAAAUGAGUAAAAAUGUUUUUACUUUGUUUGGAAUGUGUACGGGACGUUACUGCUGGUUCUUUUUUAAUUUUGCUACUUAAAAUAAUUAUACAGUUUGAUAAAUAUAUUAAAUGCUGUUAUAAAAUUGUGAAAUAAGAUGUCUUUUUUUACAUAUAUCAUAAAUGCUGUCAUAUAAAUGCUGACACUUUUUCUGCAAUGUUCACUGCAUUAAAAUAUUUAUGAAUACUCA